AUGGUGGGCUCGGACUUCUUGGAUCUGUUCCAAAAACUGCAGGCGACCAAUCGAGUGUCGAUUGAAGACUUCUCGGAUCGCAUCAACAUCUUCACGGUCCUUCUGUUUCUGCUCUGCUGCCUCGUGGUCUCGGCCAAGCAAUAUCUGCUCAACUCAAUCUCCUGUUUUGUGCCAGUCUCUCCGACAGGCGACAACUUUCAGGCCUUCCUGUCCGACUACUGUUGGGUGCACGGUACCAUUCCUCUGCGCUCCGACGAGCCGAUCCCCUCCACACAAGCCGAGUGGAAGGAUUACGACGAACAACGCCGUCAAAGUGAGUCCGAUUCCCACAAAUUCUGUCUCUAG